AUGCGUCGAGGAACAACCAUAAAUUCAUGGCAAGAUUUACAUACAAUGACAAGUUCAUGUUUAAAUCAAAGUGCAGGUUUUGAUAAUCAACCAUUUCAUUCAACUAAACAAAAUCAACAACAAACAAAGGCUACUGCCUAUUAUGAAACAGAUCAUUCAUCAGUACCCUGCAGACCACUUUCACCACCAAUAAGUUCUUUAAAUAACAAUCAUGAACGUGCAAAAAGUGCUGAUCAUUCUCAAAUGUCAUUAAAUGAAAAAACGCCAAUGGCACCAUCUUCUUCGUCUACAUAUACUAGCACAUUGAAUAAUCCAGCAAAAACAACUUUACGUUCGUCUCGUUUAGUUAAUGCACGUAGUAAUAGUACUGUUGGUACUCAUUCAAAUACAAUACAUAUUGAUGAACUUCAUCAAACACAACAAGAAUGUGAAAAACAUGAAUUAGAUAUACUUAAUAAACGUUUUGGAAAUUAUUUAGAUAAAAUAAAACAUUUAGCUAAUAUAAAUGCUAAUCUUCGUCAACAAGUUGAUAAUGCAUAUAGAAAAUAUAUGGGACAUAAUGAAGAACAAGAAAUUGAAAUAAAAAAUGAUAAUAAAAUAAUUAUUAAAAAAUAUCAACAUCCAUAUGAAAUUCAAUUAAAUAAUUUACGUAAACAAAUUAAUAAUGAAGUACGUUCACAAACAUUAGUACAAAUACGUUUACAACGUGCUGAUUAUGAUAUUCAAUUUUAUCAAAAUAAUAUUAAAUUAUUAACAUUACAUGAACAAAAACAAUCCGAACAAAUUCGAACAAUGAAACAACAACUUGAAGUUAAUCUACAAGAAUUAGAACAACUUAAACGACAAUUUGAAAAUCGUGAACAAGAUUUACAAAUGUACAAAAAUCAAUAUAAUGAAUAUAUAAAUAAAUUAAUCAAAUUUUCUAAUGAUUAUGAUAAAAUAACUUAUGAUCGAAUGGAAAAUGAAAAUAAUUUAUCUACUCUUAAAGAACAAUUAUUAUUCGAACAAGAAUAUUAUCAUAGACGACAACAAGAAUUUGAAUAUUUAGAAAAAUUUCACUAUAAUUUAAAUAAAGAAUUUAAUAAAAAUGAAUUUCAUUAUAUUGUACAACAAAUUCGAUAUAUUCAGAAACAGACAGAGGUUUCGAUACAAGGUGUUGUUCAAGGUACAAGUGAAGAUCCAAAACAAGUUUCAAAACCAAUCAAUGACAAUGACAAAAAGACAGAACGAAUAAUAUUUGAGGUUCCUUUUGUGGGAAAACAUACUCAACGAACAACAUCACCAAUAACAAAUGAAUCAAAAUGUAUUAUUUUUGAACAUGGUCAAGUUGAAAAACGUUUUAAAAUUUAUCAAAAUGUAUCUUAUGAAUCUUUGCUUAAGUCGGUUCAAACUGCAUUUGGUUUACCAGCUGAUGAAACAACAGUUCUUUUUUAUCCAGAUACACAUGAUUAUAUUGUACCUUCAACUGUACAAGAUUUAUUGAUUGAUACAGAUAGUUCUACCCCAAAAUAUCGACUUAUUACUCGAGAUGAAACAGCUGCUGGUAAAGAUGGUUGGUUUAAAUGGUUUAAAGCAAGUUAUAUUGUUAAAUUUCUUCGUAAUCGAAUAGUAGCGCCAUGUGCACUAAGUUUUCUUGGUUUGGCUGCAUUUGAUCGUUGGGCAUGUACAUCAAGAUCAGCAAGAAUACGUAAAUUAAGUUCAAUUCGUACAGCUUAUUGUAUUGUUUUAAUUACUGUUCUAUUCUGGUCAUUGCUGAGCAUACCUUUUCUUAGUUUUUUCGAUUUGAUUCCACCUACCUAUACUUGUGGAUUCACUAAUGAUCUUUUUCAAAAAAUUACCAAUUUUUUUCUGGCUCCUAUACUAUGUGCUAUUUUUCCUCUUAUCGUUUUAAUUGUAUUUGGUAUUCUUACAUAUCGAAAUCUUCAUCUUAUGACGACUAUUAAUGGACAACAACAAUCUGUUACAACUCGUUUAUCAAUGUGGGAACAACAAAUAACAAGAAUGAUGAUUAUUCAAACAGUGUUAAAUGUAUCAUGUGCACUCCCUCAAUGUAUCUUGCUGAUUUAUACAAUAGCAACAGUUCAACAAAGUGCAAUGAAAAGUUUAGAUCAAAUUUAUAUUGAAUAUCUAUUGGCUCAAUUGUGUGAAUUUAUAGUAUGUCUUGAUUUUGCUUCAUCAUUUUAUAUAUUUUUUCUUUCUUCAUCACGUUUUCGACAAACAACCAAAAUGUAUCUAAAACGUCUUUUACAUUUGGAAAGUAAUCAAGUUACUCCUUUCAACAUUUCUGCUUCAACAGUACCAGUUACUGGUACGAAAACUCAUUACAGACAAAAUUGA